AUGGAUGUAUUGAGAGCUCAAUAUAUCGGAUAUACCUAUUCUAGGAGACUUCGAAGCAAAUUGGAAGAAAAAUUCUCACAGAAAAUCCAAAACCUCGAGACACAGAUAAAACGACUUACAAAUUGUCCUCAAGGCUGGAAUAAGCAUGACAAAUCAUGUUAUAAGUUAAACAAACGGAAAUUAACACGGACAGUUGCAAAUCAAUUCUGCAGAAACCUGUCUGCGAGAUUAGCUGAAAUUGGCACGAAGAGUGAAAACGACUUUAUAAACAAUAUUAUCACAAAUAACUCCGGCACAGACCGAGCUUGGUUAGGCGGUGUAGAUAUGGGAAAAGAAGGCACAUGGAUAUGGAGUUUCUCGGAGAUACCACUGACAUUUCAAAACUGGGACCAGGGUGAAUCCAAUGAUGGCGAUGGAAACGAAGACUGUUUAGAAAUAUUGGGAACAAAAUAUGGACGCUGGAAUGACAAUGUAUGCUUAAAUUAAAUAGAGUCUGUCUGCGAAAAAGAUUUGUAGUGUUGUACAGGGGUACAUGUUCAUGUCGUGUGUGUGUCUGAUAGGGAAUAUGGUUAAAACCUGUAUCACCUGCUAUAUUU